AUGUACACUGUUCCGAUACAUAAGAUAUGGUACACAGUGUCUGUUUAUAGCGCCAACGAUGCCGAAGCCUGCAUCGAAGCCUUCGCAGACUGGCAGAAAUCCGCAUCUUCCGACCCCAAAGCCACUGUGGCCAUGAUCAUCCGUCUCGACAUCAUCACCCUAGGCUUUCUCUACGCCGAGCCCACAACUCCUCCAAACCUCUUCACAGCUUUCGAAAAUCUCCCUGCUCCUCUCGCCGUUGCUGUUCCUCCAACCACCGGCUCAGUAAAUUCUCUCUCGCAGAUCCUAGCAUCGACAUCUUCCCCAGAACCCAUGCGCCACGACUACCGGGGCGUCAGCUCCGCCGUCGACACCGAACUCUACAAGGACGUCUACGCCGUCUGGAAAGAAAAAGCCACCGCCAUAAACGCCAGCACAGGCGCAAACAUGACUUUCGUACUUCAGCCUAUCAUUCCGGACAUGACCGCAGCCAGCAACGCCGCUGGCGGGAAUCCCAUGGGUAUUCCGGCGACGACGCAUCAAUGGUGGACAACGCUAGUGGAUUGGACCGAUCCCGCCGACGACAACGCAGUACGCGCUGUACCAAUUGCUGUCACUGAGGCGUGGGAGCGGCUGAGCAAGCAGCGCGGUUUGGACGUGCCUUUUAUCUUUGCGAAUGAUUCGUCGCGCGAUCAAAAUCCGAUUGCGUCGUAUGGUGAGGGGAAUGUGAGAAAGUUGAAGGAAAUUGCGGAGAAGUAUGAUCCGGGGAGGGUUUUUCAGGAGCAGCAAUGUGGAGGUUUCUUGCUUAAGGACUUGUAG